UUUUACAUAAACACAAAAUUUAUUGCAAACUCAUUCUCUAAAAUCCACAAAAAUUCAUCAAUUUAAUUAGAUUCCCUUUCAAUUAUGGCAGUAAGAGCAAUAAAUGAUGAUUCGCACUUCCAAGCUGAACUAACCAACGCUGGCAUAAAACUCGUUGUCGUUGAUUUCACCGCAACUUGGUGCGGUCCAUGUCGCUCAAUAGCUCCACAUUUCGAACGCCUGCCCGCCAAAUAUCCGAAAGCAAUUUUCCUCAAAGUCGAUGUCGACAAGUGCCAAGACACAGCUGCGGGUCAGGGAGUUUCUGCGAUGCCAACUUUCAUUUUUUAUCGCAAUCGAACGAAAAUCGACCGAAUCCAAGGCGCCGACAUAAAUGCGCUCGAAAGCAAAAUCACGCAACAUUACGCAUCGGGCGAAGAUGGCGAUAACGGCGACGACUACGGCCAAGGUUUGAUGGAUCUCGCGACGUUCAUUCAAGCCAAUCAGUGUGAAUGCCUGAACGAAGCUGACGAUCAUCCGUUGGCGCAUUGUUUGAAGGCGGGCGCGGGAUAUUUGGCUUCGGAUUGCGACGAACAACUCAUUGUCUCGAUCACAUUCAAUCAAGCGGUGAAAAUUCACUCGAUCAAGGUAAAGGCGCCGCCUGCACAUGCCCCGAAAGACAUCAAGCUGUUCAUCAAUCAACCACGGACCCUGGAUUUUGACAUGGCGGAGGGAUAUGUUUCGGUGCAAGAUCUUUCGUUGACGGCAAAGGACUGCGAAAACGGUACUCCGGUUAAUUUGCGUUUCGUGAAAUUCCAAAAUGUCCAAAAUAUCCAGAUUUUCAUCAAGAACAAUCAAACGGGCGACGACAAGACAGUCAUUGAGCAUUUGGCAUUCAUUGGCGCACCAAUCAUAACGACAAAAAUGGACGAUUUUAAGAGAGUUGCAGGCAAGAAGGGAGAAGCUCAUUAAUUUUUUUUUGUUUUGUAAAGUUUGUUUCAUACUUUUUGAGAUCAUCUUCUUUUAAUAAAAGAUCGUAAAUUCGUCAAUCAAUUAAAAAAGAAUUUUUUUUUCUAAAUUAUACAUGGGGUAAAAUAAAAAAAAA